AUGGGUGCUGUAGCAAGCCCUAGUCCGACCAUAGUUGGUGCUCUCAAAUGUCAACAGGAUUCUUAUCUUCAGACACUCGAAACUGAGGUGGUAUCAUGCAACGAAUACAUACCACCAAAGACACCGCAGCAAAACGGCAAAUCAAAGUCGAAAAAAUCCACAGAUCCUACAAAAGUACUGCAGAAUAGCGAAUCGACACCAUCGAAAACAUGGCUUAUCGAGCUCGCGGACUCUGUUCUCUUCCCAGAGGGCGGCGGACAACCGACUGAUCAUGGAUCCCUCGUGUCCCUGAGUGGUGAUCACAACGAGUCAAUCCCAAUCACAAGCAUCCAACGCCAUGGCCUCCGCUGUGUCCACUUCUCCCGAACACCCCUCUCUCCGGGGACGCUCGUGCGGCAAACCGUCGAAUUCCCACGGCGUUGGGAUCACAUGCAACAACACACUGGCCAGCACUUACUAUCUGCCAUCAUGGACGGCAUGAGCUUAGAGACUCUAGGUUGGAGUAUGGGCACUGCUGGAGAAAUGAACUACGUUGAGCUACCGCGGAAACCGUCUGAUGAGGAGAUCAGAGUGAUUCAAGGAAAGUGUAAUGAGGCAAUAAGGGAAAACGUGAAGAUCACAGUGGAGACGCCUGAAGGAAAGGGUUCCGAUAGUCUACCUGAAGACUAUGACAGGGAGAAAGGGAUUGUUAGGUUCAUUCGGAUCGGGGAUUUAGACUACAAUGCCUGCUGCGGGACGCACCUCAGACAGACAAGUCAUAUAGGCCUGAUCCUCCUGCACCACACGCAAACCGUUCGAGGGACUAAUUGUCGCCUCUUCUUCACAGCAGGUGAUCGCGCUAUCAAAAUGGCUACAGAGUCCAUCAACGGCCUUCGCUCAAUUGCCGUCUCGCUAUCUUCCAGCGCCGCACCUGCAGAUGUUGCAGCUAAUGUCCAGAGACUUGGCGAUCAGGUCUCUGAAGCGCGUAAGAAAGAGAAAAAGAUGCUGGCAGAAAUCGCAAAGUUCGAAGGAGAUCGCAUCAAGGCCAGGUUAGAGAAGCAAGAAACUGUCGUCUCUUAUCGAGCAACAGAUGGAUUGGACUUUAUCAACCUCGUCGUAUUUGAAAUCAAAGAUGUGGUCAAGGAACGCGGUGUCGUGGUGUUGCUUUCAGGCGAGGUCAACACACCUGGAUCGAUUGUCAUCACAGGAAAGCCAGAAUUGGUCGAGAGCAUAGCAUCACAGGUCAAGGGUAUAGUGGGUACGGCCAAGGGGGGAGGGAAAGGCGAGAAGUGGCAAGGCAAGGUUACGGAGUGGAAGAAAGGCGAGAUUGAAGCUCUGAAAGCGGCAGUCGAGACAAAUUAG